CCUCCUGCCAUUUCUCUCAACUUCAAACUCUUUCAACCUACAUUCAGCUACCGAUUUCUUCGCUUUCGUCCCCAUUUCCCGUUCAAAAUUUCAUCGUAUUUUCUUUUUUUUCCAUCGUCUUGAACAGCUACUAUGGCUGGUAAAGGAGAAGGUCCGGCGAUCGGGAUCGAUCUUGGAACGACUUACUCUUGCGUCGGUGUGUGGCAGCAUGAUCGAGUUGAGAUCAUUGCCAACGAUCAGGGAAAUAGAACCACGCCUUCGUAUGUUGCUUUCACCGACAACGAGCGAUUGAUCGGUGAUGCAGCCAAGAAUCAGGUCGCCAUGAACCCUAUCAACACCGUUUUUGAUGCUAAGCGUUUAAUUGGCCGAAGAUUUAGUGAUUCAUCGGUCCAGAAUGAUAUGAUGCAUUGGUCUUUCCAAGUCAUUGCCGGCCCCAGCGACAAACCAAUGAUUGUUGUGAACUACAAGGGUGAAGAGAAGCAGUUUUCCGCGGAAGAAAUCUCUUCUAUGAUACUCAUAAAAAUGAAGGAGGUUGCUGAGGCGUAUUUGGGCACAACAGUGAAGAAUGCCGUUGUCACCGUCCCAGCCUACUUCAACGAUUCACAGAGACAGGCCACGAAGGAUGCCGGUGUCAUUUCGGGUCUUAAUGUGAUGCGUAUCAUCAACGAACCAACUGCUGCCGCAAUUGCUUAUGGGCUGGACAAGAAGUCCAGCAGCUCUGGCGAAAAGAACGUUCUGAUUUUUGAUUUGGGUGGUGGAACUUUUGAUGUUUCAUUGCUUACGAUCGAAGAAGGGAUUUUUGAGGUGAAGGCAACUGCAGGAGACACUCAUCUUGGUGGCGAAGAUUUUGAUAACAGAUUGGUUAACCACUUCGUGCAGGAAUUCAAGAGAAAGAAUAAGAAAGACAUUAGUGGAAACCCCAGGGCUCUUAGGAGGUUGAGAACCGCUUGUGAAAGGGCUAAGAGAACCCUUUCCUCCUCUGCUCAAACUACACUUGAGAUCGACUCUCUUUUUGAAGGAAUUGACUUCUAUUCAACCAUUACCCGUGCUAGAUUUGAGGAACUCAAUAUGGAUCUUUUCAGAAAGUGUAUGGAACCUGUUGAGAAGUGCUUGAGAGAUGCUAAGAUGGACAAAAACAGUGUCGAUGACGUUGUUCUUGUUGGUGGCUCCACCAGGAUUCCCAAGGUGCAGCAAUUAUUGCAGGAUUUCCUCAAUGGCAAAGAGCUUUGCAAGAGUAUCAACCCUGAUGAAGCUGUUGCCUAUGGGGCGGCCGUACAGGCUGCCAUCUUGAGCGGUGAGGGUAAUGAGAAGGUCCAGGAUCUUUUGCUUCUGGAUGUCACCCCUCUUUCCCUUGGACUGGAAACAGCCGGUGGUGUGAUGACUGUCUUGAUUCCAAGGAAUACCACCAUCCCCACCAAGAAGGAGCAAAUUUUCUCUACAUACGCUGACAACCAACCUGGUGUUUUGAUCCAAGUCUACGAAGGCGAGAGGGCAAGAACUCGUGACAACAAUUUGCUUGGAAAAUUUGAACUCUCCGGAAUCCCUGCAGCCCCCAGAGGCGUUCCCCAGAUUACAGUCUGCUUCGACAUUGAUGCGAAUGGUAUUCUGAACGUUUCAGCUGAGGAUAAAACCACGGGUCAGAAGAACAAGAUCACAAUCACCAACGACAAGGGGCGGUUGUCGAAGGAGGAGAUUGAGAAGAUGGUGCACGAAGCAGAGAAAUACAAGGCGGACGAUGAGGAACACAAGAAGAAGAUCGAAGCUAAAAACUCCUUGGAAAACUUUGCUUAUAAUAUGAGAAACACUGUGAGGGACGGGAAGUUCAGCUCUCAAAUGGACCCCGCGGACAAGAAGAAGAUCGAGGAUGCUAUAGAACAUGCAGUCCAGUGGCUUGACAACAACCAACUUGCCGAGGUGGACGAGAUAGAAGAUCAAAUGAAGGAGCUUCAGAAUAUUUGCAACCCAAUCGUUGCCAAGAUAUACCAGGGCGUCGGUGUACCUGGCAUGCCUGGUGCUGCUAUGGAUGACAACUAUGUUCCACCUCCGUCUGGUGGAAGCGCCGCCGGUCCUAAAAUCGAGGAAGUUGAUUAAAUUUGCUUUAGAUUGUGUCAGGUUUGAGGCGAUGCAUUCUUUUUUCUUUUCUUUCUUUUGGGUAUAGAAUCGUAUAUUUUGGGGUUUUUUUUUCACCCGAUGAUUGGAAGAAGCUUUUUUCUGUAAUGAGUUCUAUUCAUUGCCAAUAGUAUAAAAUGUCGAGAUUUCUCUGUUCA